CUCAAUCCUCACCCAUCCUUCUGCACCAGGCAUCAUCAUCAUCAUCAUGGGUACCAUACGAAGGGUAUCAAAGAUCGAUCUUCAAUCACAAACUCUACCGGAUGUCCCUCCAAGUCCUGGUCCCAGUAAAACUCCGGCAUCUCUUCCUGACUAUCAACUUGGUGAGGUUCUUGGCCGGGGAGCUUUUGGCUGUGUCUUUCGUGCGUUGAAUUGGUUCACAGGAGAGACAGUUGCAGUCAAACAAGUUGGAUUGAGUAACAUUCCGACCUCCGAGCUACCCGAGAUCAUGUCAGAAAUUGAUCUACUCAAAAAUCUGGAUCAUCCCAAUAUCGUUCAAUACCGUGGUUUUGUUAAGACAUCAGACUAUCUUUACAUCAUUUUAGAAUACUGCGAAAAUGGAUCACUACAUACGAUCUGCAAAAAGUUUGGCAAAUUUCCAGAAGCACUGGUGGCUGUCUACAUCUGUCAAGUCCUAGAGGGUCUCUUAUAUCUACACGAACAAGGUGUUAUUCAUCGAGAUAUCAAAGGUUCAAACAUUUUGGCGACUAAAGAAGGGGGUGUAAAACUAGCCGACUUUGGAGUAGCUACAAGAACUGGCGCUCUGACUGAUAAUUCGGUAGUAGGAUCUCCAUACUGGAUGGCACCUGAAGUUGUUGAUCAGUCUGGAGCCACUACUGCGUCCGACAUUUGGUCAGUCGGAUGUGUAGUCAUCGAGCUUCUCGAAGGUAAACCGCCUUACUACUUCUUGGAUCCAAUGCCGGCACUUUUCAGGAUUGUAAAUGAUGAUUGUCCUCCUUUGCCCGAAUCCGCUUCACCGAUUGCAAGAGAUUUCUUAUUACAAUGUUUUCAAAAAGAUCAAAAUUUAAGGAUCAGUGCAAAAAAAUUGCUCAAACAUCCCUGGAUGGUAUCUGCUAGAAAACGUAUUGAACAAAAAGAAAGAGAACAAGCUUUAGCUCAAGGUCGGCGUACCCCAGCAGGAAAUCAGCUCAAUAGUUCUCGUAGUCGUGGUAGCGAUGGCGGUGACCGAGUCUCCAAGACAAAUACCUCCAAGACUGGAUAUGAUGAAACGGUCCAGCGCGUUCAAGAUUGGAACAAAGCCUUGGAGAGGCCGACCAACGCACUCCACAAACCACUUUCCGAGGUACCGCCUUCGCCUCGCCAGAUCUCCACUCACUCACAGCUACCCCGUCAUGCCGGAUCGGUUGCUCAUCGCUCCCCCGAAGAUGGUUACCCACCCCGCAUGAAAGCAAUAGGCAGACCGCCGUACCAUAGCUCUGGUACGAUCGCACCCCCAAGAACCAACAUCGCAUCUGGUUUCAUCAACCCCAACUUCGAUGACGCCACAAUGAUCAAGAACUCCACCAUCCGAGGCCUAGGAGCAAGCGUUAUCAACCGCUCAUCCGUUCCAUCUGCUUUGCCAUUGACACCGGCCAAUUUGCCUGUUGCGGUCAUGAACACGACGCCCCCAGCACGGAAGCUUGCCGAAGUGGGCGUUGAAAGUCCCCAAGGAGACAACUGGGAUGACGACUUUGAGGGUGGGAUCUCAAGCUCAAAAAUUGCUGCUCUUGAUGAUACGCAUACUGGCAGUUCUUCUGAAGGCGAGCCCGAUGAUGGUGAUGACGACCUUGUUCGGCAACCACUAGGAAGCAUGGGACGGGAUGAUAACUCGGCUACCAUCAAACAACUUGGCGCCGCCAAAGGUCCCUCUCCAGAUCGAUCAAAGCUUGCUGCUGGAUUGGGUGCAAUCGUUGAGGACUAUUCAGACCUGGUUGGAGAUGAUCAGAGGGAUCCAUUCGAAGGCAAAGUUGCCAGCUUGAAAGUAUUGAACCAACACCAAAAGAUUCUGCAUCCAAGUGACAUCAGCUCUAAUAGCAAUAACGACCCCAGUCAUAGCCUCAAAGCACGCUUCGCACUCUCUGGUCGCCCUUCCUCGCCUGCGCAUCUGGACCAAAGCCGCGCAUCUUCCCCUGCACCAUCGUUGAGCCGAUCAAUGAGCCACAGCGCUGCCUUAUCGAGGACCAAUUCACUGUCCGCUCAAGGUCCCCACUCUCCGCUGGCGGAUGAGCACUUGAAUAGGUUUACUGAGCAAGGUGGUGAAGAUUAUUCUGAUUUGUUUGGCAAGGCUCCAGCGGGUAGCGAUGGCCGCGAAGGCCCGAGUGCUUCCAUGGAAACUCUGAAAUUACAAACACGCUUAUCCAACAUGUCAAGUAAAUCUUGGCUUGGGGACGAGGACAGUGACGAAGUAGAUCCGUUUGCGGAAGUUGACGAAGAAGAAAUGAGCGAAGAGCCUACUUUGGAGGCCAAUUUGGCCCGGGAUCGACUAGCUAGAUUAGGAAACCUUGUGACUGAGAUUGUCGAUCAGAUGACCCCGGACAUUGAUGAAUUUGCGCUCAAAGAUGGGUGUAUGCAAUUGAUUGGCCUUUUCGAGGAUACUCCCGAAAUCAGAGCUCACUUUGUGCGUUCGCAUGGGAUGCUGGCUGUUAUCGAAUUACUUCAACAAUUCCAACGCUCCCGUGAUCUUGUCAGCUUGCUAUUGCGUACCAUUAACUUGAUCAUUAGUGAUGACCCCGAAUCAUUGGAGAAAAUUUGUUAUAAUGGGGGCUGCCCGGUAGUCAUGAGCUUUGCUUCGAACAAAUACGCUCGCGAGAUUCGGUUGGAGGCUGCCCUGUUUAUCGGGUCGAUGUGCCAGACCUCGCUGCUUACUUUACAAAUGUUUAUCAGCUGCCGUGGUCUCAAGGUACUUGUUGAAAUGAUGGAUGAAAACUAUGAUGAGCAAAAAGAUUUGGUGUGGAUGGCGGUCGAUGGGAUUUGUCGCGUAUUUGAGCUACAGGGACCGACUCCACGUAACGAUUUUUGCCGGAUGUUUGCACAUGAGGGACUGCUUGACCCUUUGUCAGAAGCAUUACUUCAUGUUUCACACGAUGACGAUGAUCUCGCAGAGAAUGCCAAAGGUCGAAUCGUUCACAUCUUUCUGCUGUUCUCUCAAGCAGACAUGCGUGUAAAAGAAAUUAUGCUUACUCGGUCAAUCAUUUUACGCUUACAAGUCUUACAAAAUGCUAAUACCAUCGAGACACUUACUACGCUUCUGAAGGACCAAAUAGAGCGCGACCCUGACACAUCGCUUACAACAGAAAUCGCCAAUCACGUGGUCAAUGCUCUAUAUAAUCUUUGUCGGUUGAGUAAACCUCGACAAGAAGAGGCAGCUCUGGCAGGCGCCAUCCCAAUUUUACAGCGGGUGGUGAAAAGUAGUUCUCCGUUAAAGCAAUUCGCUCUCCCCAUUUUGUGUGACUUUGCUCAUACAAGUAAGACGUGUCGUAAAUUACUAUGGCAAAAGGAUGGCUUCUCAUUCUACCUGGGAUUGCUUCGUGAUCCAUUCUGGAGCAUCACAGCCCUUGAAUCUAUCUUGGCAUGGCUUUCCGAUGAAACUGCUCGAGUGGAAGAUGCAUUGACUGAGGCGUCUUCGAUCGAGGCUUUGCUAAGGAUGUUUACCAAGGCCAAAGCAACCACUUUUGAGAAUUUGUUGGACCCGCUUCUCAAGCUUUUCCGUAUGUCACCAGCAGUCGGUGCUGCCCUGACCUCCCAGCCCACAUUUGCUCGUCGUUUGGUCGACCGGUUAUUGGGCCACAAUAAAGCCGUUGUGAGACUUAAUCUCUUGCGACUUACGAAGGCAGUGUACGAGACGGCUUCAGACAAGUCGUCAAUCUUGAAGAUGCCUGGUCUAGCAGCUGGAAUCUCCAAGAUGGCCGAUUCAGAAUCAGCAAUUCUUGUACGAGAGCUGGCCAAGGAGCUCAAUCGAGAAUUUGCCGCUUAUAAUUCCUCGACAACAGCUAAAACAAGAAAACAACCCGGAGUAUCUCGUAAUUCUACGCCUGAUACAUCGGAAACGCCUAAAGCAUCAAAAAGAAUGGUGCCAGGAAGUGAGUCGAGCCUAAGUAUACCUUCUACCCACCUAAGUGGCCGGGGAAUGAACAAGGACCAAGCUGGGAAUGUGACACAUGCGAUUCCUCGAUCUGCGAGUUCUGGUAGCAGUCGGUGGAGCAGGGCACGAUGAGGCAUCCGUCAGCAGUUGUGAUGUAGCGGAAACCUCCAUCUUGAUUCUGACUGCUUCUGUUGUGUUUUUGCCGUUGUUAUAUCUUUUCAUAUGGACAAGCUGACCAAGCAUAUUUUUACAGCACUCACCCCCAACCAAAAAGAGGUAUCAGCUUCUGUAUUAGUAGUAAGAGAUUCUUAUGUGUAUUUGUUUUAGCGGCUUGUGCGCAAACAAAAGCUUUCAUGAGUUCUUGUCGAUGACAGCAUUCCUUCAUCAG